CUUUUCUAAAGUUUAGUCCAGGCAAACCAAACCAAUCUAUGUCUCCAAUACUGUACGCAUAAAUGCAAAUUUGCACCGUGCUCACCCUCGCGCUCGUCGUUGGCAGCCGGGCGCUGCCACGGGCCAUGGGCAGCCUGGCGCUGCCACGGGCCACGGGCAGCCUCGACAGCACACCCGAGGCUUGCUAGAUGGCUCGGAUCUGCCUCGUGUAUCUUUUGUGUACUUGCACCUGCACGGAUGGGGGAAACUCCCGGCCUUGGGCCGACUUGGAACCGCUCGGUGCCGCGUGGGAAGCAUUCGCGAGCGGCGCCGGCGCGGAAGCUGCGCGUGUCCGCAAGUCGGCGGCGCGGCGCCUGGACCGGGUCCGGUGCAGCGCCGCGCCCCUGGACGUCGCCGUCGUCGGCGGGUCCAUGACCUAUGGCGUCCUCUGCAAUGAGAAGGCUGCGGCCGGCGGCGCGGGGCUCGACUGCCCGUGGCCGCUGCGCGUUGCGCGGCGCGCGGCGACCGCCGCCGGGAACGGUACUCAGCGCGUUGUUGUCCACAACCUCGCCAUCUCAGCGACCUGCACCGGCUGUGUGACCGCCCAAAUCGUGCCUCGGCUUGCCGCGCUCGCGCCGAACGCGUCCGUGGUGCUGUUCGACUACGGCAUCAACGAUGCGGAUGCGCACAAGGCCGUCUACCACCAGGGUAAUUUCCGAGACCUCCGAGGGGCGGCAACGGAGGUCUUCAUCCGCGAGAUCCUGUCGAUGGACCGUCCCCCGGUCAUCGUCGUCAUCGAGGGCCGUGCUCCUGUCGGCGCGCACCGGGCCGUCGCGACCGGCUACGACUUGGAUGUCAUCUCCUAUAGAGAUGCGAUCCGUGCUCUCCCCGUCACGGCAAGCUACUCGCAGCGGAUCCGGUGGACCAAUACCAAAAUGAUGAGCCAUCCACCCGCGACGGUCCACACGGCGCUCGGCGAUCUGAUCUACGCGAUCCUAUCAACGCGUCCUGGCGACUGCAACGAGAUCUCCGCGGCUCCGCCGCCUCUCCCGAAACUGCUAUUCCCAGCGGACCAGCGCGCCAUGUUUCCGACAUGCGGCAUGCCCCUCGCGUUCCUCACUUCAGCGCCGCCGGGCACCACGCCCGCCGGCGCGGAGGCAAUGCUGGGCGCCCCGGCCGCUGUGGGUGCGUCGUGGAGAUUCACCGCCGCGGACGCCGGCGACCGGGCCGACAAGUUUGGGUGGCUCGGCGUCAAGGGCAAGGAAGGCUCGUCGUCGGCGGACCGGAUCUCAUUCCGCCUCGAGUUCUCUGGGCUGGGUUUCCUCGCGUUCGAGUUCCUGCGGAGCUACGCGUGGGACGGACGAGUGAGCAUAAUCAUCGACGGGAAGAGGCCCCUCCUCGACCUCGGCUCGCACUGGGAGGACCAGUCGUCGCAGAGGGUUACAAACUACCUCGCGCUUGGCACGUCCAAGAACAUCAACGUCGGGCACGGCAGGUCAAAAAAAUUGACGAACCGGCACUACGUCCCCGGGUUUAGGGCGGGCUUUCACAACGUCACGUUUGUCCUCAAGGGCCCGCCCAGCAGCCGCUUCAAGCUCUACACGCUCCUGACGUGCUAGUAAAGAAACAUAAAUACACUGGCA